AAUUUCAGGUUAAAUUAUAUGUGAAGAAAUUGCUAUCAUUGAUGGAUGAUCAUUCACAUUCAGAUCAACGCUCUACCCGUGAAUACUUCAGUUCUCCGCGUGUUGUUAGAGACGAAAAUGAAAUGAGACGAGGACGUCGGAUCCAUCAAUACAGCGGCAGCGCAGAUACUCGAGAAAAUAAAUCAAGAAAUGCGACGGUAACGAUUAUGCCUCGUCCAACUGCUAUUUUAUCGAAACGUAAAGAAGAACCGACCACAUCUGACAAUGUAGAAGAUAGUCAGAAGAUGAUGUCUCAGGCUGCUUCUUCACCUCAAGAAGUAACGCCAUCCGGAAUAACUCGUCCAAAUACUACGUCACGGCUAGUAAGAGGAUCAUCAAAUACAGUUAGAAGCUCUUUAUUCCGGACAGAUAAGACACAAAUUUCUCGUAAUGCAACAACAACAACAACUGUCAUGGAACAAUCCCUCGGGUUUAUGAAGGCGGCUGUGCGUUUACUUUCUGACACAAUGGAUUUUACAGAUGUUGUCGCGGAUUAUUUAUCCACUACAAAUACAAAUUUUACUGUUAUCGGUAUUAUCGGUCCACAAGGUUCGGGCAAAUCAACACUUCUUAGCAUGAUAGCCGGUAAUGAUCAUAUGGAUAUGUAUAGACAUUAUGCUUUUCGUCCGGCAUCUCGCGAAGCAGUUGAAUGUUGUCGUUAUCAAUCCCAAAAGAUAAGCGUUUAUGUAACCAAAUCAAGGAUGAUUUUAUUGGAUUGUCAGGCAAUCAGUUCUCCUUCGAUUCUUAUUCAUCUGUUAGCGUCAUCAUCGUUAGAUGGAGGUCGUUCGGGAGGUUCAAAAGCAGUGGAUCUUUGUCGAGGAUUUGCAGCUCUUUCGGGAGAAAUUGAAAGCUUGCAUUUAACAGCAUUUCUCUUACAAGUAUGUCAUACUGUAAUACUUUCUGUGGAUUGGUUCGUUGAUAUCGAUGUGAUUAGACAUGUACGGACAGCUGAAAUGCUUCGCGUAACACCGACUCAUUACUCACCUGAGACAGUGAAAUACAAACCAAAUCGUAGAAUUAAUUUCGUCUUGGCCCAUCAAAGAGCCAGGUCAGAAGAUUUUCAACCAAGAAAUGUAAAGAAUCGAGCCAAAAUUCUGGAAUGUUUAUUCAGUGAUUCGCAACUGAAUAUCAAAGCUGGCAUAUCAUUAGGCGGUUUAGGGUGUAAACCGUAUAGUGAAAUUGCAUCGAAUGUAAAUUACGUAUUGCUCUCAGAAAUGAAACCACGACCAAAAGUGGAAGCAUCCGCAGCUGUUUUACCGUAUAUGGCCGUGGAUCACACUCCCUUACGAGCAGUUGUUGAUUAUAAAGAAGUUGUACGUCCGUUACGGAUUCGGUUGCUGUCAUUACCGAAAGAAUCAUUCAUUCUUGGGAAUCAGCCUUUUACAGAAAUCCAGUGGUAUGAAUUUGCUACGCGAACUUGGCGGGCAACACACGGAAGUGCGGAAAUUGCAAAAUAUGCGUCAGCGAUAACGAAAAUUGCUGAUGAAUGACUAGUCACUUGGAAAUACCAACAGUAUUAUUAUAGUUGAAAUAUCGGAAGCAAGGUUAUUUUAGGGCUUUCAGUUAUUGGAUAUCAAUUUUUGCAGAG